AGCGGCUGCUCUGGGGGGGCUGAGCUGCUGUGCCUCUAACGCACACUCACUCACACAGACUGACACAAAAGCUCAGUCACCACAUGAAGCUGCUGCUGGCUGCAGGACGAUGAUCUGCUCUCACUCACAGUGCUCACACUGACUCUACAAACACACACAAACACACACACACACUCACCAAACUGUGGGAACAUGUCGCAGUACACUCUGCCAGUUCACCUGCAGAUCCUGCUGGCUGUGGGUCUGGCUGUGUUCUGCUACUGCCUGGUCCUCGGCUGCAUCCUUUGCUGUCGCAGAAAGAAGAAGAAGAGCGUGUCCUCGGAGGACAGGGAGGCAGGCGACCUGUCUCCUCAGCGUGCAGAGAGGGUGACUGUCACGCUGAGUCCGUCUCCGUGCACGCAGCCCGUCAAACAGCAGUAUGAGGAGCUGGAUGGGCACGUGCUGGAGUUUCCUUCCUCUAAAAGCAGCUCCUCUCCCUCUGAGGAUGACCUCCCUGCUCUGCCCUCUGACUCCAGCUCCAACAGAUCAGCCGAGCCGUCUCCUGCCUCUUCUUUUCCGAUGCGCCGCCUCAGCACCCCGGCUGUUCCCUCCUCUCCCGCUAAACGCUCCAGCCACGGCAGAGCCUCCCUGCCCUCCCUCACUAAGCUGAGCCUGGUGUCAAAGUCUCGUCGGGCGGCUGGUCGACGCAGCACUGUGAGCGGGGAAAGUUUUCUGUACAGGGAGAGCAGUCAGCUAACUGCAGGUGCUGGUGGAGCCUCCGGCCAGCAGGGGGAGCCAAUUCCGUCUCAGUAUGGUUCUAACUCUCUCUCCAUCCCGUCCAAAUCUGCUCCUCUCCUGCACUUCUCCCUGCUCUUCUCCUCAGCCUAUGGCACUCUGGUGGUCAACAUCCUGGGCCUCUCAGGGACCAGUCGGAGGCGCAGUGGGGUGUCUGUCCGGGCCAGCCUUCCUCCCCUCUGCCCCUCCCCUCAGCAGGUGGUGUCUCGGCGUCGCAGCCUCAGCCCAGACCUGCACAACCAGAGCUUUGUGCUGCAGGUGGGCUCUGUGGACGAGCUGCGCACCUGCACCCUGAGGCUGGCGGUGUUCAGCAGAGACUUCUCCGGCCUGAGAGAGGCCGCACUGGGCGUGGUGGAGCUGCCCUGUGAGCACAUGGAAUGGGAGCCAGACAGCACCACCACCUACACCAGGCAGCUUAUCCCGACUAAAAGCAAGCUGAAAAAGAGUACGAGUUCUCAGGAGGCAUUGGGUCAAAGGAAGAGCUCGGGGUGUGCGCCGCCACGGGCUUUGGGCCAGCUCUUCAUCCUGCUGCAGUACCAGUCUCUGGCAAACCGCAUCAAAGUGAUGGUCCGAAAGGCGGAGAAUCUGUCCAAGCUCACACGGAUACCAGGAGCUGCAGACCACUACGUCAUCAUCAACCUACGCUGGGAGGGGAAAGUCAUCGGGACCAAGGAGACUAAAGGGGCAAGCGGUCCAAACCCGGUGUGGAACGCUCCCUUUCUGUUCGACCUGCCGCCAGGUGACAUCACUCAGCUGACAUUGGCCCUGGAGUUCAUCGUCAUGCAGGGCCGACUCUACACGAAGAGCAGCAUUCUGGGCCGCGUGCUGAUUGGUGGAGACGUUUCAGAGGCGGGACGGGGACACUGGAAGGAGAUGUGCAGUCGGGGGCAAACGGAGACGGCUCGCUGGCACAGCAUCCAAUCAGAGUGACCGCUCGACUACACACCUGUUGUCUUCACCUUAAGUCUUUAUCUCUUUCUUUGUACGGCGGCUAUUACACCAACAUGGCCGAGCAUCUGCAGACCGUCACAAAGACGAGCGGUGAUGGCGCCGCUCCUCCACGCCGCCUUGUGAUCCUUUGCGUCUGUAUAACUGUCAUGGUGGCUGUUUUUGUGGCGCUGUGUGAAAAAAGCUACAGAUGUGAAAUUAUGACAUCAGAGAUGUGAAACGUUCUUGUGGUUAGCUGUGAUGUGUUACCGUGCCAGUAUCUGUCCAUCUCCUCUCCUCGCUAACAUGUAUCAGUUCAUUACUGUUAGGCCCCCGUGUCCACAUGGCGUUUUUCUGUUAGCGCCAGCACAACACAGAGAAAUAGCGCGACGCCCAGCGUUUUAUUUGUGCAGCCUCUCCGAGCGCUCACGUUGGAAAUCUCUUUAACUUUUCAGAAAGGCGCUGUUGAUGUCACCGGCGUUCUUUUCCAAAUGUAUGAUAUUCUCUUUAGUUUUGCCGCCUACAGAUCGUGUCUUGUACCCACAUCCUCCUCUCUCUGCGUCUGAUCGGGAAAUAAGCGAUCUAAAAUAUAAAACAUGCAAAAAGUAACGGAGCAGUGUCGCUCAUAAAGUGGCCGUUGUCAACAGACUGUUGUCAUAGAGACAGGACGGACAGCACACAAACGCUUCAUGCCAUCGCUCCAGUGCACAGCGAGCGCUUUUCUGCCUUGAAAAGACGCCAGGUAGACACAGGGUCUUUAUUGGUUUAGUUUCCAUGACGAUUUAAAGGUUUCUCUUGUUAUCCAUUGAACACUACAAUCUCUUGUUUGUGAAAUGUUUUCACUGUUUUAAAAGGUCGUUCUGCAUGUUACAUUCGAUGAUUAAAGUUUUUUAUCACCU